UGGCUGGAUAAAGGAAACCAAUCAAUUGCCAGCAAAACGAAUCAAAAGCAAAGUGACGCUUCCUGCCUGUUGCAUUCUACUACUUAACUUGCAAACAGUGCGGUGUCUCAAAGGCGAGAGAGAGAGAGAUGGGCAGAUUGUGUUACGUUGGGAUCUCGGUUGCUCUCUGUGUUGCUGGGCUGUUAGGUAUUAUUCUACUCUGUGCCACUUCCAAAGACUUGGAGUCGGUCUCCCCCUUUCAGUAUGGCAUUGUGAUCGACGCCGGCUCAUCACGCAGCACCUUAUUUGUUUACAAGUGGCCGUCCAGCAGAGAGAACAACACUGGCAUCGUCAGCCAACACAGCUCGUGCCGUGUGAAAGGCUCUGGCAUCUCGGGCUAUGCCAACAACCCAGGAAAUGCGGGCAGGAGUCUGAAAACAUGUCUGGAACAGGCUCUACAUGACAUCCCAGAGAGCUCACAUAAGCAAACUCCCCUGUACCUGGGAGCCACAGCAGGCAUGAGACUGUUGCAUCUGACAGAUUCCAAGGCCGAGGAGAAUGUCCUUACUGCCGUCGCUGACACCAUGAGAUCUUACCGCUUCGAUUUCCGAGGAGCCAAGGUCCUCACUGGCCAGGAGGAGGGCUUGUUUGGUUGGGUCACCGUCAACUACCUACAGGAGAAUUUCAUCAAGUACAACUGGAUUGGCCAAUGGAUUAAGCCCAGAAAGAGGACCGUUGGGGCCAUGGACUUCGGAGGAGCCUCCACACAGUUGACCUUUGAGACCACAAAAUCGAUGGAAAACCCUAACAGUUUGAUGGUUUUGAAGCUGUAUGAACACGAGUACAAGGUCUACACUCACAGCUACCUGUGCUACGGCAGGGAUCAGGUCAUGAAAAAGGUCAUGUUUCAGAUGAUGAAGAAGCAGCAAUUCGGACCUCAGGUGAUGAACCCGUGCAUGCCUACGGGUUACCAAACCAACCGCACUCUGGGCUUCAUAUACAACAGCCCGUGUAUAAAGGAGGAGAGACCGACCAACAUAUCCGACAGCUCAAUAGUGACCUUCAUCGGCAGCUCCAACCCGACCAAAUGCAAAAACUACCUGCAGGAAAUCUUUGACUUCCAAUCCUGUAACUUCAGCAAAUGCUCCUUCAACGGAAUCUAUCAGCCCCGACUUACCGGCGACUUUAUGGCCUUUUCAGCCUUCUAUUACACGAUAAAUUUCCUGAAGACCACUCUGAAGAAAGACAUUACCACACCUCAUGAGCUGGAAGAGGCAGCCAAGAGCAUUUGUGGAGACAGCAUCGAGCAGCUCCGUGAAAAAGCCCCCACCGUAAAGAUUGAGAGACUGGUGGAUUACUGCACCACCUCCCUCUACAUUCACAUCCUGACGAUCGAAGGGUACAAGUUCAACAAUGAGACCUUCAAAAACAUCUCCUUUCAGCUAAAGGCUGGUGACACGGAGGUCGGUUGGGCGCUGGGAUACAUGCUGAACCUCACCAACAUCAUGCCCGCAGAGCAGGUCUACUUGCACAAGAGCCAAGCGAUGGAGGCCUGGGCUGUGCUCAUCGUUCUCUUCAUCGUGGUGGUGGUGAUGGGCGUCGUCAUCUUGCUCGUGUCACUGCGCUCUGCGAUGGACAACACAGUGUUAUAGUGAUGGCGGCCUGGCCACGAGCAGCAUAGUCACCCGUUACUGCUAACCAACCAAACCCGCCCCAUUUCCUUGGGUCCUGGCAGAUCUGACGUUGGCGUUGUAAUGAGACGAAGUUCAGACGCCAGGACGACACAAGGCCAUCAGCUGGGAACACGCAGCUCACGCCUCAGCCUAGUCGCGCUUGUUCGCUUGUUAGUCGGAGGAUCCACGGAAUGACCUCGUGUAACGCGCUUGCUACUGCAACUGAUACUUUGUUCGUGAACACGCUCACGUGAUGGCUGUUG